AGAAAUCAAGCAAUGGAAUCUGACAAGCUCUGCCAAGAGGAAUUUAUGAAGGUCUACAAGAGUUUUAGCAAAUUUUAUAAUCAGAACGAAACCAGAUUUUUGGAUGGAAUUUUGCUUGGAAGUCUCCUGUUCACAGAAGAAUUCGAUAAUGAGACUUUGGUUCAGUACUUCAAAGAUUGGCAAGAUACUGCAGAUGAGAUGGAUAUCAGAACAAAGAAGAGAAUCAUGUUCUACUUCUCACAUGUGAAGAUUCUACAAGGUAGAGAUUUUAAGAAGAAAAGAGACUUAAAGAGAGCUAGGAAAAUUGGAGAAGAGACUGAUCGACCUCUUGAAUGUCCUCUUAUAGUUUGUGACAAUCCCGAGACUCAUGGAGAGAAGUCUGAAGAUUCUCAAACAGAGAAGGAAGAAAUUUGUGAUGAAAGUUCGGAGGAUUGUCAGAAAAUAUCUCAGAUAUCAAAAUUAAGUUGAUCAAAAAGUCUGGAGCAGAAAGAACAGCAAAAUAACUCAGAAGCAAAUGCUCAGUUAAAGAGUAAUCUCCAAUCAGAUAAGAUUGAUCAAAAAGAGCUAAUUUCAGAAACAAGUAAAAGUAGCGCUCCUUCCCUCCUCUUAGCAUUAGAUGAAGAAGCUUCAAAUAUUCAGGAUACAUUUUCAGAAAAUUGUAAAAUAUGAGUAUUGUGCAACAAGAGCAAUGGAGAGACAAUGCAAUUCUCAGAGUGUCAUGAUAACGUACACAAUGACUGCUUCAGAAUGCUCAUUAAGAACUCCCUAUUUGAUCCAACUGAGGCUUUAAGAUGCCCAAUUCUCAGUCAUAGGACCGAAAUUACUAGGCCUGAUAUCCUCAAGGUGUGCGAUGAAGAUCAGAUGGUGUACUAUGACUCCUGCAGACUUAUAGAGGAAUUUGAGAAGCAGAGUAGGACUGUCCUCUGGUGCCCACAUUGUAAGUGGAUUAGUUAUAAGAGUUUCAAUGCACCCAAUAAGUGCAGGUAUUGCUCAGAACAAAUUAUCACUUUGAAGUCUAAGUUCAAAUAUGGCAAAUUGGUGCUUAAUCCGAAGGAUCAACUCAAUGAUACAAGUCAUUAUAGGAGUAUCAAGAGUUACAUCGCAUCUUGUAAAGAGCAAAUUCAGAGAUGAGAAAUAUGCUUGAAUUACAAGCAUAAGUUCCCCGAUGAUUACUUAAAGUGCAACUGAGUUGAACUUGAGUAGUCUUUUAUUCAGUCUCAGAGAAUAUUCAAUCUUCAAGUUCA